GCGUCUCCUUAGCUCAUGCGCAGUGAGCACAAGUCCUUAGUGUCAGACGGGAUGGAGGAGAUGGCGGAGCCUGGUUCCGCUCGCACCGGCGCUGGGGCGGCGGCGAUGGCGGAGAGCGACAGCGAGAGGAGCGACGGCGCUGCUUCCGGAGGGGAAACUGCCACCGCGUCGUCACCGCCGUGCUCUCCUUCGGUGGCUGUUGGGGGCGAGGGCGGCGGGGCGAAGCCGCUAAGCGCGGAGGAGUACGCGCGGCGGGUGCACCAGUGGUUGUGGGACUCGUACUGCGGGUACCUCAGCUGGCAGAGCUGCCUGCCUGCCCUCCUCGCCGCCGCUUCCACAGCGCCCGCCGCCGGUCCCGCUCGUGUAGCUGCGCAGCCGUCCCCUGCCUCCCCGCUGGCGGGGGCGGCCGCCUACUACAGCCCCUUCUACUUCUUCGCUCCUGUGCCUGCUCACACGGCCACUGCCGCUCCGGGCCACCGAACUGCCUCUGCCGGCCCCACUUGGCCGGGAGCGGCGGGCAGGUUGGCCCCCGUGCCCAGGGCGACCUCCAGCAGCGCCGCCAGCACCAGCGGCAGCGGCGCCCCCGGGGAUACAGGGCGGCCGGCAGGUCGAGAGUUCGUCAUCCCCUCAUUGGCACACAGGUUCAUAGCAGAGAUGGUGGAUUUCUUUAUUCUGUUCUUCAUAAAGGCAACCAUUGUUUUAAGUAUUAUGCACCUCAGUGGAAUAAAGGACAUCUCCAAAUUUGCCAUGCAUUACAUCAUAGAAGAAAUAGAUGAAGAUACGUCCAUGGAAGAUUUGCAGAAGAUGAUGGUAGUGGCUCUCAUCUACAGAUUAUUAGUCUGCUUCUAUGAGAUAAUCUGUAUUUGGGGAGCAGGUGGAGCAACCCCAGGGAAGUUCUUGCUGGGACUGCGAGUUGUGACAUGUGAUACAUCUGUACUUAUUGCGCCCAGCCGUGUGCUUGUCAUUCCAUCUUCAAACGUCAGCAUGACAACGUCCACAAUACGAGCUUUAAUCAAGAAUUUUUCUAUUGCUUCAUUUUUCCCUGCAUUCAUUACACUGCUGUUUUUCCAGCAUAACCGAACAGCCUAUGAUAUUGUAGCAGGAACUAUUGUGGUAAGACGAAAUGGAGUCAGAUGAUACCAAACGAUGAGAUUUCCAGACUGGUUCUGAACAUCCCCUCCCACCCCAGUGAACUAAGACCUACCCCAAAACUGAAAUCAAGGUGUCCAUCAAUCUUUUGACCAAAUUAAAUGGAAACCAAGUCAGAAGCUAAAGAAAAUGUUUUGCUCUGGAGUGCAGCUACCUUUAAAGUAUUGGAGUUUUCAUACAUGCCAAAGAAUUUUGGGAGAAACGAUAUGUAUUCUGUCUGGGAGUAUUAACCUGUGACUGAUGAGAAAGCGAGUGGCUGUAUUAACUGCAGGAAGGAGCCGUUCUGUUCAUCAGCCUGUGGAAAGCAGAUACCUAGAAAUACUCCAACUAAGAAAUGUUGCUCCUGCAGUUUUGGAUGUUGGCAGGUAACUACAACUUCCAAGCAGUUGCGCAAGUCAUAUGAUAAACUCUGAGGGGAAGAGAACUGCCGUAUUAGACAGCAAAACAUAGUAAUUGCUGUGUGUGUAGAGAGAGAUGAGUAGUGGUUAUCACAUCCCUUAGUAUUGCAUCACAGAUCAUAUUCCCUUGCCUCUUUAAGUAUUUCACCAGAACAUUGAUGUGAAAAGAUUUUUGCAUGAUUGUCACUUAUUUAACAUGUUGAAGCUAAUAAAGAGGUGAAGUAAGAGCUGUUUUACUCUGGGAAGUAUAUGUUACACUGCAGUAUUAGUGAAUCAGUGAGUGUAAAUAAUUUUGGAGCUAUGUACAGAUGAUGCUAACGGAAGGUAACUCUUCCGCUUCUAUUUGGAGUGAAAGCACUGGCCUAUUUCUUGCAUAUAAUACCAAGGAAAACCACUGACUUUGUUGCAGGAGCAUGCAGAAAACAUUAAGUGAAAUGUGUUUAUGGGUGUAAAUCUCUGGAAGUACAUCUACUGGUUAUUUUCACUUUUUAAAUCUGGCUAAUUGUUUGUAUAUUCAGAAUAACUUAAACACUGAAUAAAGAAGCCUAAUAUUUUGCAUGGUUA